AUGACUGCCGCACGCUCAACCACUGAGUCGAACACAGCAGCUCCUCAACCGACGAAAACUAGUCUGCGCUAUAACCUUCUGGCUGGUGGCUUGGCUGGCUGUGUUGCAAAAUCCACGAUAGCCCCACUAGAUCGAGCUAAAAUCACAUUUCAGUCUACUGUCCGGCCCUUCACUGUGCGCGAAUUAUACCGUUUCCUUGAAGAGAGUGUUGUUGAACAGGGCUUCUUCAGUUUAUGGCGAGGCAACACCGCCACUUUAUCCCGCAUUUUCCCAUAUGCGGCGAUCCAGUAUUCAGCCCACGAACGUUACAAACACGCAUUGGGAAUCGAUCUUCCGGAUAUGUCACACAUGAGACUUUCGGAUUUGCGUCUUCGACGGUUCCUUGCCGGUUGCAUGGCAGGCACAACAUGUGUUGUCACCACCUACCCCUUGGACUUUGCCCGGGCCCGUAUGGCUGUGACAACGUCCAAGAGGUACCACAAUGUCAUUCACGCCCUUCGCACAGUAACCACAGAAGAGGGCGCACGGGCAUUGUAUCGCGGUUUUAUUCCUGCGAUUCUUGGAAUCAUCCCCUACUCAGGGAUCGCAUUUUUCACUUUUGAAACGCUCAAGGAACAUCGAUUAAAUAGACAUAUGGCCGUUCUGAAGACUCGGCCGGAGAAACUGAGACCUUUCGAGAACCUAUGUUGUGGUGCCUUUUCCGGUGUCCUUGGUCAGACAGCCUCAUACCCAUUGGAUAUUGUCCGCAGACGAAUGCAAAAUGCAGCAGUUACAGGUCAUCCGGAAUACUUAAACAACAUUUGGCACACAAUGUACAUUGUUUAUUCCACCGAAGGAGUGUUUCACGGUCUAUACAAGGGUGUUACAAUGAACUGGAUCAAAGGCCCGAUCGCAGCUGGAAUAAGCUUCACGGUGUUUCACCAAUUGCAACACUUCUUGCACUGGUAUGACAGGAAAUCCGCUCACGAUAAUGGCGAUGGAUAGCGCUUGUAUCUCUCAGUUCCCGCUUUCGCUAUUCUCAUGGCACAACAGCUAGAUAUGCUGUUCACUGCAUUUUUACGUUGCCACUGGUUUCUAAAUUAUUUUCUUACCGAUAAGAAAAUUACGUAUUUUCCGAUUCUGAUCUGCCAAUUAAUUUUGUCCUCGGACUGACAGUUCACUACAACGAUCCACUGUGCUUUUUUCUGCCCUGAAUCAUCCACAGGUGACUGCUGUUUUCAACUCGGGGACAUCUGAUUUCCCUUGUUGUCUCCUCACCUCGGACCGCCUUAUUACACAUACAUAUGUCUUUCAGUAGAAACUUCUCGUUCUCCAUUCCCAUUUGCAAGUGAUGUGCACUCUACAGUCACUUCGUUGCGUCUUAUUUAUGUACGAUCUUACUACCACUCUAGCGUUGGCAAGUGUCAAGCCCGAUUGUAUGCAUAAGCUUUUACUGUUUGAAAUCGAUUCUUGUUUGAUUCGCUUCGCCCGUACUUUAG